ACACUGUAAGUUCGUCUGCUUUCGCACAGAAGUGGCGCUGAACCAGGACGUCUGCUGUUUACAAGAGUAAACAACCAUUAGUCAAUUUAUUAUCUUAACUGUUUAUUAUCACAUGCGGGCAAUUCUAAAGUUUGAUAGAAUUUAAAAUUAAAAAAUAUAUUUAAAUUCAGAAUCAAGUUAAAUAAAAAUUAAAUAAUGAGCUCGUCAAAUGUGCCAUUCUUGGAAUUUUACAAUGGAUAUAAAAUGCCAAUACUUGGCCUUGGAACGUACAUGUCUAAAGAAGGAGAAGUUCUAGAAGCUGUAAAAUUUGCAAUUGAAAAUGGAUAUCGUCACAUUGACACAGCAUUUGUUUAUGAAAAUGAAAAAGAAGUUGGCGAAGCAAUUAGAGAAAAAAUAAAAGACGGAACAGUGAAAAGAGAAGAUAUUUUUGUAACUACAAAGCUAGCGAAUGUUUUUCAUAAAGAAAAUCUUGUUGUACCGGCUUGUAAGAAAUCUUUAGAAAAUUUAGGUCUAAAUUAUGUUGAUUUAUAUCUCGUCCAUUGGCCUAUUGCUCAAAAGGAAGGAGAAGAAUUAAAUCCAAAAGACGCGGAUGGAAAUGUAAUUUUAUCUGAUGUAGAUUAUUUAGAAACUUGGAAAGGAAUGGAAGAAUGUUCCCGUUUAGGACUUGCGCGAAGUAUCGGCGUUUCCAAUUUUAAUUCAGAACAAAUUACUAGACUUAUGGAAAAUUCAACAAUAAAACCUGUUAACAAUCAAGUUGAAGUUAACAUAAAUCUUAAUCAAAAGAAAUUAAUUGAAUUUUGCAAAACAAAAAAUAUAACAAUCACUGCAUAUUCGCCAUUGGGUCGACCAGGAAAUCGUCACGGUAUUAAAAAUUCAUUGGACAAUCCAAAACUUCUUGAGAUUUCAAAAAAAUAUCACAAAACACCUGAGCAAAUUGCCUUUAGAUUUUUGUUACAAGAGGGUGUUGCUCCUAUUCCAAAAUCGGUGACUAAAUCUCGUAUAAAAGAGAAUUUUGAUAUUUUUGAUUUUGAAUUAACAAAAGAAGAAAUGAGUGUAAUCGAAUCUAUUGGAACCGAAGAAAGAGUUUGUGGUUACCUUGAGGCAAAAAAUAGCAAAUACUAUCCAUUCAAUAUUCCUUUCUAGCGUUUUUGGAAUUUUAUAAAAAAAUAUUAACACAGUCACAAUAAAUUUGUUUGAACGAUAAGAAGCGUAUUUUCUUUAUUCUCUUGUAUAAAUAUUUUAUUGUUC